UCGCUGGAUAUAUCCCGUGUACCGGCUGGCACGCACGCUGCCGUUUUCACGCAGUGUGCCCCGCGCGCGCGAAUUCUCAUUCAUUCCCGGUGAGUCCAAAAGUACCGCACGUCGCACGCGCGAGAUCACCACGCAGCCAUAAUUCUCAGUCACUUCCCCAAGGACCACUUUCGGUAUCGGAAUUACCCAGGAACCUCCCCAAAUCGGAUACACCGAUAUACACAAGUAUACCUAACCUAUAAGAACACCCGGAACCAUCCAUCGAGUACCGGUUGUCGACGGCGAUCUACGGCAACCUUCGGUAACCCGGCACGCUCUCCUCGAGGCAUAUCCAACGUGCUCCGCCGCGUCCAGGGCGCCAUACGGACGGCAGAGGACCGGCGACCGAGACCAGCCGCCACGAGGAAGGCCGAACCUUCUCGAACGAACGACCGAGGAGCGUCCGGAGGAAUUUCGCGAGUGCCUCCUGGACGGAGAGUCGGCGGCCGUUCCCGCGCUGACCGCUGGUCGAUCCUAGUGCGCCGAGGCUCCGCGAUCGCCCGUGGCGCGCCUGUCGCUCCGCGAGGCGGCGACACUGCCGACGCGCCCGGUGGGACACCCUCGAGGGACGCCCUCGCCGACUACACUCGGCUCCGUCUACGACUAACCUGGUGCUCGAUAACCUCGACGCGUCCCCCGAGACCGACACGCGCGGCCAAAACGCAUCAUGGCCAUGGAAAAGUUCCCCGAGGCCGGCAUCCUUCAGCAGGAGAUGGAGAGGCUCGAGAUCGAGGAGAAGACCGCCGAGGGAACGAGCGGCGGCGCCGGUGCCAAAGUGUUGGUCUCCAAUCUGCCGACCUCGGCCACGUUCCAGGACAUCGAGCUGCUCUUCUCCACCUACGGGCCCGUGCAGAACAUCGAGACCAUCAGCUUUCGGGACCCUAACACCCAAUCGGUGAUCCUCAGCUAUGAGACGCAGGAACAAGCGCAACAGAUCGUGAACCAGUUUAAUGGAUACGAGUACGAAGGCAACCAGCUGAAGGUGGAAAUGUCGGCUCCGGAAAGCCGACGAAGAGGGCGCAGCCAGCGCGGGGGAGUCCCCCUCUCGGGUCGGCAGACCGACUUCCCAUUGCGCAUCCUGGUGCAGUCGGACAUGGUGGGCGCCAUAAUCGGGCGACAGGGCUCGACCAUUCGACAGAUCACUCAGGUGACCAGGGCCAGGGUCGACGUGCACAGGAAGGACAACGUAGGCUCCCUGGAAAAGGCCAUUACCAUCUAUGGGAACCCGGAGAACUGCACCAACGCCUGCAAGAAGAUCCUGGGGGUCAUGCAAGAGGAGGCGACCACCACGAACAAAGGGUUUGCAUCGGCCUAUUCUGCGGAAAAUCUGUCGCGCGAGGUUAGACCGGAGACCUCACGAGGAUCUUUUAAAUCCCUUAGCGAGAUCACCCUGAAGAUCCUGGCGCACAACAACCUGAUCGGGCGCAUCAUCGGCAAGGGUGGCAACACCAUCAAGAGGAUCAUGCAGGAUACCAACACCAAAAUCACCGUCAGUAGCAUCAACGACAUCAGCAGCUUCAACCUGGAGCGCAUCAUCACUGUGAAGGGCACCAUCGAGAACAUGAGCAAGGCCGAAGCCAUGAUCUCCAACAAACUACGCCAGAGCUAUGAAAAUGAUCUUCAGGCCAUGGCGCCCCAAAGUAUGAUGUUCCCUGGUCUGCAUCCAAUGGCGAUGAUGUCCACUGCCGGGAUGGGCUACAGCUCGCGAGGACCUGGACUAUACGGCUCGGGUCCUGCUCCUUAUCCUUAUCAAGGCAGCUUGCCGACUCAACAGGGAGUCACUGCUGGCGACACUCAAGAGACUACCUUCUUGUACAUUCCCAACAACAGCGUUGGCGCCAUCAUCGGCACCAAGGGGUCGCACAUCAGGAACAUCAUCAGGUUCUCCGGCGCCAACGUGAAGAUCGCUCCUCUGGAACAGGACCGAGCAGCCGAUCAGCAGACCGAGAGAAAAGUUACCAUCGUGGGCUCGCCUGAGUCCCAAUGGAAGGCGCAAUAUUUGAUCUUCGAGAAGAUGCGCGAAGAGGGCUUCGUCGCCGGCACGGAAGACGUGAGAUUAACCGUCGAGAUUUUGGUGCCAAGCGCUCAGGUCGGCCGGAUAAUCGGAAAAGGCGGACAAAACGUAAGAGAGCUUCAACGCGUGACCGGAAGUAUCAUAAAGCUUUCGGAGCAACAAGCCACGCCGCCAGCUGCCGACGAGGAGACAACGGUCCACAUCAUUGGGCCCUUCUUCUCCGUUCAGUCGGCGCAAAGGAGGAUCCGGUCGAUGAUCCUGCCGUCAGGGGCCCCAGGAAGUGGAACGGGAGGCAUAGGCUCUCGCGCUGGACGUGGUAGCAGCCAAGAAGGUGGAUCCCGUUCCCGGCGCGACGGCAGCGCCACCUCGCAGCAGGGCGCCGGCUCGUCGCAGCAGGACUCGGCGGGACAGCAGAGCUCGUCCUCGAGCCAAGGCCAGCAGCAGCCGUCGCAGCAGCAGCAACAACAGCAGCAGCCACCACAGCCGCAGCAGCAGACACAGUAACGUUGAUGAAACUCACCUGACGCCAACCGACGCCUCACAGAAUCCGUUUUAUUCGGCCGGGGUGGCCGCUCGUAGCUCUGAAACACUCGUCGAGGUUAGGGCGCAUCUGCGGAUCCAUCGCGCGAACCAGGAACCCAUCGGUUUCCCUCCAUCGACUCCGAACGCGAGGAUCAGGCCCUAGAACCACGGAGGAUCGGCUCUCCCUAGAGCGCUGGGUUCACGUCCGAGGAGGACUUCCGUUCGGUCCAGCCGGACACUCGAGGGUGUCGCUAAAACGACCUCCGGCAACGUAGCGAGCUUCGACAUUGUUCCGAAUUUGUUAAUUGUAAUUUUUUGGGCAAAGGGCAAGGAAAAAGCCCCUAGAGAUGUUUCGCCGAAGCGGACGCCUUCCAGAGCCUGCGGGUCGUUGGAGUGACGUCCUCGAGGUCGCGCUCGGCCGGGACUCUAGAAUCAGGGUGUCUAGGUUGUAAGAGGUUUAGGAUCGCGCUCGAAAUUGUAAGAAUCGGACGGAAGUCGGCGCGCGUCUCCUGCGACGUCGCUCCGCGGGGAUCCGCGGGCGUCGGCGUCGGUCUACCGCACCGGAGGAACGUUCCUCUCGUGCCACGGCGCCCUCGUAGGGACCCGAGCUUUUCCGUGUCUGCGACCACGGAGGUGCGCUCGGACGAUCGGUUUCACGGCUUGGCGAAUCCACCCCGCACUGACAUAAACGAUGGAAAGGAUGAAACCACACACACACAACCUUAUUACCUCAUUGAUUACGAUAAAAGAUUUAAAUACGAUAAACAAACGGGAAAUAACGAUGGAGGAAGAUAGGAGGAGCGAGACGAGAAAUAGUAAACCAACUAAUCUAACAAGAGCUACCUAAUAUUAAAGUUAUAAUAAUAUACAGAGAGAAAGAGAGAGCGAGCGAGCGAGAGAGAGAGAAAGAGAGAAAGAGCGAGAGAAAGAUGAGAGUUAAGAGUAACGAUUACAUUACCUUACGUCUGUUACUACUACGGAUAUGCUAUCAUUACUACUAUUACUACGAGGAAGCAGAUGCUAAGCUAGUGCUACUACUACAUUGCCGAGAGAGAGAGAGAGAGAGCGGUCUCUUUUGUAUUAAUUGUAGAUGCAGUUUGUAAAAUCGAUGAAACUUGGAACAGAGACACGGGGUACAUCCUCGGGACCGGGGAAGCGUCCUCGGAGCGAAGGACUCUACCAUGGCAGUCGAAGACGUACUCGAGGGCGCGUCCAAGCACAGGGAGACGCUGGGAAUCAUGAUCGAGACCUAGAGGAACACCUUCGAGGUGACGUGAACCGCCGUCGCGCAACGUAAUACCAAAGAGGAGAGUUUUCAUGUUGCACUAAGCGAAGUAUGGAGGAGGAAAGUCUGCAGGGGGUCGAGCCCCGAGACUGGCGUCUCCACAGAAGUUCCUUGCAAGAGCCGCGACGGGACCAGGAGUCUCCUUCGAGGGUGAGGUCGACCCUGGCACUCCAAGUUCGACGAAGCCAGAAGGAACCGGCAGGAUGCUUCACCGGAGGAGAUGAACCGCGUCCCGCGGUGUGUACUCGUGCCGGAAAGAGAGGACAGAUAUCCGUCAAGUGGAAAACGAAGAAUCGGAAGGGGAGGAGGAAGAGCAGGACACAGGAUAUAUACGCAUACCGGGCACCCAGGAGUUCCGGCCGCAGAACCGACACCUCCCAGGUGCGCUAUGUCCACCUCCGUCCGGCGAGGCGGCGGGUGGAAAGAGGAGCCACAAAACGUUUUUCAGGGAUUUUUAUUUUACCAUGGAUGUAAUAGUGUGUGAGUGUGCGUGUGUUGAAUAAUACUAUUAAUUAAUAAGUAAUUAUAAUUACUGAUUAAGAUGGUAGAGAGGCAAGGAUACAAGAGUAUUUAAGGUGUCUCCGAGGCUGCCGGGAGCGGAUCUGUCAGUCAGGAGACACGUGGACGGCCCCUGAUGCGCGACCAGGUUCCACUUCCGGUCCCAAGAGUUCCCACCCCCAAGUGGACACGCCGAUGGCUCGAGGAGGAUGCGAGCUGCGAUAUCGAGCAGCGCUCCUGGUCCGGAAAAGACCGAUCCAGGAAUUUUGUAGGGUGACCGUUCCCACGACACGAGCCUGGCGAAUCGACGUCGCCCCGAGGAGGAUGCCGAUGAACCUCGGGCACCGAUGGGGAACGGGCGCGCGGGUGGCCUCCAAAACCGGUGACAAAAGAAAAAUUGAAAUUGCGUCGAACUAAAUGGGACAACUCGAAGACAGUUGCCGCCCGGGCGAGCCCGCCCAGGGUGGUCUUUGGCUGGCGACCAAAACUAACCAAAUACAUCGGACUGACGAACCAUGGGGCCGCGACCUCAGCGGAGCGGCCGCAAGUUUAACCCUUCACUCGUACCGUGAGGCUCCUCGCGAGUUCGCACCUCGGCGUCACUUCCGGCCCCGGAAAGCCGGAAGCGACGCGGCCGAAUCAUUCUCGGCACGAAUAUGCGCUUAGUACAAAGAUAUGGGAGUUUAACGGGGAAAGGAAAACUAGAAAGAGGAGAGUAGAAGAAGAGGAAAGGAUGAUUUCAGGGUCUCUCGCGAAGGACGCGGACGCGAAUAUCGACUCGAGCUGGUUGCUGAAGGAGAAGCCGAAGAGGAGCCCGGAGGUCGCUUCCAGAACGGAAGCACUUCCGGCGUUCCGGAAGAGAGGACACCGCGACGUCGGGCGGCACCAGAGCCCCCCUCGGACGAGACGAAGCGGAUGCUGAAGAGCGGGUCCGUCGUCAGCGGAGGCCGGG